CAAUAGUCCAGGUUUUUUGGGGUAGUAGCUGUUGAAUCCUCUUUAGUCCAACACUCACAAGCACUAAACAAUUGUAGGACCUAAAUCAGUGUGUGUGUGAGUGUGUGUGUGUGUGUGUGUGUGUGUUUUCAUUCCCAGUUAAUGCGUUGUUGAACUUGUCAGCCUUUCUGAUCAACUAAUCAACUCUGACAAGUCCUCCCCCACUGUGGAGGCCCAAAUGGGUCGAGCCAAUAGAACAGGCACACACUCACACUCACUCACACUCACACACACUCACUUACUCUCUCUCUCUCUCUCUCUCUCUCUCUCCCCUGUAAGUGUUUCUCUCCACACUGUUAAACUACAGAGUGUAUUUUAUUGACAGGUAGUGUGUGUUUGUGUGAAUUGAAACUGUGCUGCCACUGUAUCUCUCUCUCUCUCUCUCUCUCUCACACACACACACACACACAGAGAGAAGAAACACCAUGGACUGUUGUUAUGAUCAACCUGAAAACAUGUGUGGUUGUGGUUGAGGUGAUUGAAAGACGCUGAAAGAAGAAAUAGACAAGAAAAUGACUCUUACUGUUUUUUUUUAGCUUUUGGUUCAUUUUUACCACCAAGAAAAGUUAUUUAGUGUUGGAAGUGUAAUAUUUUGGGAAGAAGAUCCUUUUUUUUCUAUUUCUUUGUAAACUUUUUUUAGUGCUUCAUUUUGUUUUUUGUCGUUUUGACACUUGAAGAUACAACAUUUAAAGACACAUGUUGAACAUGGCAGCGAAAGUGAACAAGGAGCAAUGUGAUUGGCCGCUGGAGGGCUGCGAGGUGAAUGUGCAACGGCUCAGCCACAGAUACAACUUCCUCACCAAGGGCGACUAUGUCUGGUUGGAUUUGAAGAGUGGACGAGAGUUCGAGGUUCCAGUCGGAGCUGUGGUCAAACUCUGUGACUCGGGUCAGAUCCAGGUGUUGGACGAUGAGGGAAAUGAGCACUGGAUCUCCCCCCAAAAUGCCACUAACAUCAAGCCAAUGCACCCCACCUCCAUCCACGGGGUGGAGGACAUGAUCCGUCUUGGAGACCUGAAUGAAGCGGGAAUUCUGCGAAAUCUGCUCAUCAGAUACAGAGAGAAACUCAUCUAUACAAACUGCGGCGGUCGGACGUACACUGGCUCCAUCCUCGUGGCCGUCAACCCUUAUCAGCUGUUGCCUAUCUACACCGCCGACCAGAUCCGCCUCUACACCAACAAGAAGAUUGGGGAAAUGCCGCCCCACAUCUUUGCCAUCGCUGACAACUGUUACUUCAACAUGCAGAGGAACAACCGCGAUCAGUGUUGCAUCAUCAGCGGUGAGUCUGGAGCAGGGAAGACGGAGAGCACCAAACUCAUCCUUCAGUUCCUGGCAGCCAUCAGUGGACAACACUCCUGGAUAGAACAGCAGGUGCUGGAGGCCAACCCCAUACUGGAAGCCUUUGGCAACGCAAAAACAAUCCGCAAUGACAACUCGUCUCGUUUUGGGAAAUACAUCGACAUCCACUUCAACAAGAGAGGAGCCAUAGAAGGAGCGAAGAUAGAGCAGUACCUGCUGGAGAAAUCCAGAGUCUGCAGACAGGCCCAUGAUGAGAGGAACUACCACGUCUUCUACUGCAUGCUGAAAGGAAUGACUGCAGAUGAGAAGAAGAAGCUGGGGCUGAGCAAAGCCACAGACUACACGUACCUGACUAUAGGAAACUGCACAGUGUGUGACGGCCGAGAUGACCUGAAGGAAUACUCCAAUAUCCGCUCUGCCAUGAAGGUGUUAAUGUUCACAGACAAAGAGAACUGGGAGAUUACUAAAUUGCUGGCUGCUAUUUUACACAUGGGUAACCUCAGAUAUGAAGCUCGAACCUAUGACAACCUGGAUGCCUGUGAGGUCGUCCGCAGCCCUCACCUCACCACUGCUGCUACACUGCUGGAGGUGGACAGUAAGGACCUGAUGAACUGUCUCACCAGUCGGACUCUGAUCACCAGAGGAGAGACCGUCUCCACGCCGCUCAGCAUGGAACAAGCUCUGGAUGUGCGGGACGCUUUUGUCAAGGGUAUUUAUGGCCGCUUGUUCGUGUGGAUCGUGGAGAAGAUCAAUGCCGCUAUUUACAAACCUCCCUCCUCGCAUCCUAAAGUUCUGCGACGCUCCAUCGGACUGUUGGACAUCUUUGGCUUUGAGAACUUCACUGUCAACAGCUUCGAGCAGCUGUGCAUUAACUUCGCCAACGAGAACCUGCAGCAGUUCUUUGUGCGUCAUGUGUUCAAGCUUGAGCAGGAGGAGUACAACCUGGAACACAUCAACUGGCAGCACAUCGAGUUCACCGACAACCAGGACGCUCUGGACAUGAUCGCCAUCAAACCCAUGAACAUCAUCUCACUCAUUGAUGAGGAGAGCAAGUUCCCCAAGGGCACUGACACCACAAUGCUGAACAAGCUCAACUUUCAGCACAAAGUCAACACAAACUAUAUCCCUCCUAAGAACAACUAUGAGACGCAAUUUGGUAUCCAGCACUUUGCUGGAGUGGUUUUCUACGAAACAAGAGGUUUCCUAGAGAAGAACAGAGAUACUUUAUAUGGUGACAUUAUCCAGCUGGUUCACUCCUCCAAGAACAAGUUCAUCAAACAAAUCUUCCAGGCUGAUGUUGCCAUGGGAGCAGAGACCAGGAAGCGCUCGCCCACAUUGAGCAGUCAGUUUAAAAGAUCUCUUGAACUGCUGAUGAGGACGCUGAGUGUCUGUCAGCCGUUCUUUGUUCGCUGCAUCAAACCCAAUGAAUUCAAGAAGCCCAUGUUAUUUGACAGGGAGCUGUGCGUGCGUCAGCUGAGGUACUCCGGGAUGAUGGAGACCAUUCGUAUCCGACGUGCAGGAUAUCCCAUCCGCUACACGUUUGUGGAGUUUGUGGAUCGCUACCGUGUGCUCAUGCCUGGAGUCAAACCGGCAUACAAACAGGAGGACCUGAGGGGAACCUGUCAAAGAAUUGCUGAGGCGGUUCUUGGGCGAGAUGACGACUGGCAGAUGGGAAAAACCAAGAUCUUCCUCAAGGAUCACCAUGACAUGCUGUUGGAGAUCGAGAGAGACAAAGCCAUCACUGACAAGGUCAUCCUCAUCCAGAAGGUGGUUCGAGGUUUCAAGGACAGGUCCAACUUCCUGAGGAUGAGGAAGUCGGCCGUGUUCAUCCAAAAAACAUGGAGGGGAUACCAGUGUCGGAAGAACUAUGGAGCUAUGCGGGCAGGGUUCUCCCGCCUGCAGGCUCUGGUCCGUUCUAGGAAACUUUGCGCGUCGUAUCAUGUCGCCCGUCAGCGGAUCACGAGAUUCCAGGGUCGCUGUCGAGGAUACUUGGUGCGCCGGGCGUUCAGACAUCGACUGUGGGCAAUCAUCACCAUCCAGGCAUACACCAGAGGCAUGAUUGCUCGACGGCUUUACAAGAGGCUGAAGGGAGAGUACCGCAGGAGGCUGGAGGCUGAGAAGAUGCGUCUGGCUGAAGAGACCAAACUGAGGAACCAGAUGUCUGCGAAGAGAGCGAAGGCUGAGGCCGAACGCAAACACCAGGAGCGUCUGACCAAGCUGGCCAAAGAAGACGCUGAGCGAGAGAAGAAGGAGAAGGAGGAGGCUCGUAAGAAGAAGGAGUUGGUGGAGCAGAUGGAGAAGGCUCGCUUGGAGCCUGUCAAUGACUCGGACAUGGUGGACAAGAUGUUUGGCUUCCUGGGCACAACAAGCUCUUUCCCGGGUCAGGAGGGACAAGCCCCCGCUGGCUUUGAGGACCUGGAGCGAACACAUCAGGAGAUGGAGGUGGAGGAUCUGGACGAGGCUCUUCCUCUGCCUGAAGACGAUGAUGAAGAGGAUUUAUCUGAGUACAAGUUCGCCAAGUUUGCUGCCACCUACUUCCAGGGCACCACCACGCACACCUACGUCCGACGCCCCCUCAAACAGCCACUGCUCUUCCAUGACGACGAGGGAGACCAGCUGGCUGCUCUGGCGGUGUGGAUCACAGUGCUGAGGUUCAUGGGGGAUCUGCCGGAGCCCAAGUACCACACAGCCAUCAGCGACGGCAGCGAGAAAAUCCCUGUCAUGACCAAAAUCUACGAGACACUGGGAAAGAAGACGUACAAGAGGGAGCUGCAGGCAUUGCAGGGGGAGGGGGAGACGCCUCACGCCGACAGCCACAAGAAGAACAGUGUCCGACACAAACUUGUGUCUCUGACCCUGAAGAAGAAAUCCAAGAUCACUGAGGAGGUCACCAAGCGCCUCAAUGAUGGCGAGUACGGUCUCCACGGUAACAGCAUGUUGGAGGACAGGCCGACGUCCAACCUGGAGAAACUUCACUUCAUCAUUGGCAACGGGAUUCUGAGGCCAGCACUGAGGGAUGAGAUCUACUGUCAGAUCUGUAAGCAGCUGAGUCAGAACCCGUCUAAGAGUUCUCACGCUCGUGGCUGGAUCCUCAUCUCUCUGUGCGUCGGCUGCUUUGCUCCAUCAGACAAGUUUGUCAAGUACCUGAGGAACUUCAUCAGCAGCGGGCCACCGGGUUACGCUCCGUACUGUGAAGAGAGGCUGAGACGAACGUUUGUGAACGGAACAAGAACACAACCUCCAUCCUGGCUGGAGCUGCAGGCUACAAAGUCUAAGAAACCGAUCAUGCUGCCGGUGACGUUCAUGGACGGUACAACCAAAACUCUGCUGACCGACUCGGCCACCACAGCCAAAGAGCUGUGCAGUGCUCUGUCCGACAAAAUCAACCUGCAAGACCGCUUCGGCUUCUCCCUCUACAUCGCACUGUUUGACAAGGUCUCCUCGUUAGGCAGCGGGAAUGACCAUGUGAUGGAUGCCGUGUCGCAGUGCGAGCAGUAUGCAAAGGAGCAGGGAGCGCAGGAGAGGAACGCCCCCUGGAGGCUCUUCUUCAGGAAGGAGAUCUUCACGCCCUGGCAUUGUCCCUCCGAUGACCUGGUGGCCACCAACCUAAUCUACCAACAAAUCGUCAGGGGCGUCAAGUUUGGAGAGUAUCGCUGCGACAGGGAUGACCUGUCAGAGCUGGCCUCUCAGCAGUAUUACAUUGACUACGGUUCAGAGAUUCUUCUGGAGCGUCUGCUCAGCCUCAUCCCCUCUUACAUCCCAGACAGAGAGAUCAACCCUUCCAAAACGGUGGAAAAAUGGGCUCAUUUCAUCAUGGCUGCUCACAAAAAGGGAAUCUACACUCAGAACAGGUUUGACCCUCAGAAGGUGAAGGAGGAAGUGGUGGACUUCGCUCGACACAAGUGGCCACUGCUCUUCUCUCGUUUCUACGAAGCCUUUAAGUUCACAGGCCCCAGUUUGCCUAAAAACGACUUGAUCGUGGCUGUUAACUGGACUGGUGUUUAUUUUGUGGACGAGCAGGAGCAGGUCCUCUUAGAGCUCUCUUUCCCAGAAAUCACUGCAGUUUCCAGCAGUAGAGGAGGAAAGCUGCAGGGUCAGAGUUUCACUUUGGCAACCAUCAAAGGAGACGAGUACACUUUCACCUCCAACAAUGCAGAAGACAUCCGUGACCUGGUUGUGACUUUCCUGGAGGGACUGAGGAAGAGGUCCAAGUUUGUGGUUGCACUACAAGACAACCCCAACCCAACUGGGGAGGAGUCAACGUUCCUGAGCUUCCUGAAAGGCGACCUGAUCCUGUUGGACCAGGACACUGGCGAGCAGGUUCUUAACUCUGGUUGGGCACAUGGUGUCAACGAACGCACCAAUCAAAGAGGAGAUUUUCCAGCUGACUGCGUGUACGUCCUGCCCUCCAUGACUCGACCUCAGCCGGAAAUAGUGGCACUAGUAACCAUGACACCGGACCAGCGGCAGCAGUCAGUUCGUGUUUCGCAGCUCGUCAUGCCAGAGACUGACGGCAAAAUAAAACCCUACACACUGGAGGAGUUCUCUUACGACUACUUCCGGCCGCCUCCCAAACACACUCUGAGCAGAGUGAUGGUCACUAAGAAUCGUGGGAAGGACAAAAUGUGGACCUGCACCAGAGAGCCGCUCAAACAGCCGCUGCUGAAGAAGGUGGUGAACCAUGAGGAGCUGGCUCAGGAUGCCUGCAUGGCCUUCAUAGCUAUGAUGAAGUAUAUGGGUGACUAUCCGUCCAAGCGGACGCGAUCGGUCAAUGAGUUAACGGACCAGAUCUUUGAAGGAGCGCUGAAGGCCGAACCUCUGAAAGAUGAGAUCUACUGUCAGAUCAUCAAACAGCUCACUGACAACCACGUCAAGUACAGUGAGGAGAAAGGCUGGGAGCUGCUGUGGUUGUGUUCUGGUCUGUUUCCUCCCAGUAACGUGUUGCUGCCCCACAUUCAGCGUUUCCUCCAGUCCAAGAGGCACCACCCACUCUCUGCAGACUGUAUGCAGAGGCUGCACAAAGCUUUGCGUAAUGGAUCCAGGAAGUAUCCUCCUCAUUUGGUGGAAGUGGAGGCCAUCCAACAUAAGACUACACAGAUCUUCCAUAAAGUCUAUUUCCCCGAUGACACAGAUGAGGCGUUUGAGGUGGAGUCCAGCACCAAAGCAAAGGAUUUCUGCCUGAACAUUUCGACCCGGCUGCUGCUCAAAUCUCCUGAAGGCUUCAGCCUCUUUGUGAAGAUCUCAGACAAGGUGAUCAGUGUGCCAGAGGGAGAUUUCUUCUUUGACUUCGUCAGACAUUUGACAGACUGGAUCAAGAAAUCACGUCCAGCUAAAGACGGUAUCGUUCCCUCUUUGACCUAUCAAGUGUUCUUCAUGAAGAAGUUGUGGACAAGUACAGUUCCAGGGAAGGACUCCUUUGCCGACUCCAUCUUCCACUACUACCAGGAACUUCCUAAAUACCUGCGCGGUUACCACAAAUGUUCACGAGAAGAGGUUUUCCAGCUUGCGGCGCUCAUCUACCGUGUCAAGUUUGAAGAUGACAAGUCCCACUUUCCUUCAAUUCCGAAGAUGCUUCGGGAGCUGGUUCCCCAGGACCUCAUUCGUCAGAUGUCGCCAGAUGACUGGAAAAGGUCUGUGGUGGCAUACUUCAAUAAACAAGCUGGUAAAUCAAGGGAAGAGGCCAAGCUAAUGUUCCUGAAGAUCAUUUACAAAUGGCCGACCUUUGGCUCCGCCUUCUUUGAGGUCAAGCAAACCACAGAACCCAACUACCCAGAGAUCCUGCUGAUAGCCAUCAAUAAACAUGGAGUCAGUCUCAUUGAUCCAAAGACGAAGGACAUCGUAACUACACACCCUUUUACCAAGAUUUCCAACUGGAGCAGUGGGAACACCUACUUCCACAUCACCAUCGGCAACCUGGUCAGAGGAAGCAAACUGUUGUGUGAGACCUCACUGGGCUACAAGAUGGACGACCUGCUGACGUCUUACAUCAGUCAGAUGCUGACCACUAUGAACAAGCAGCGCUCCGGGCGCGGCCAAAGCAAGUGAACUUCUUACUGGCAGGAGGCCACUGAGCUCAUCCGGCUCCUGCGCCCUAUUGGCCAGCACUGCAGCUGGGGGCGGACCUUCGCCCACCAGUUGUGGUGGAUGAGCCGCAGUCCUUCUGCUAGCUCAGAAGGGUCAAAGAUCACCGGGGACAGUUCAGCUGCCAGCAGUGACGACCCCGGCGAAGGCCCCAGCAACCAUUACCACUACAACUAUAAAUAUAACUAUGACGAGGACGAGCCGUCCAGUGAGGACGACUACCUGUGACUCCCUGAAACUCCCUGAAACUCCCUGAACCCUGCUGUGGUUCUGCGGUGUGUGGAGUCAUUACUGCUGCCAUGGUUACAUCAAUAACCGUUCAAACUGAAGACACCUCAUCUUCACAUUCAGUGACUGUGGCUGCUGAAGUUCUUAUGACGGUAAAAUCCUUUAACCUAUUUAUUUACGGGAGUAAUGAUGAAGCUCUGGACUGAGUGAGAAGACACUUUGUGUCAAGAGAUUUUGGGCUUGACAUAAAGGCCCCGUAUACAUAAGAAUGAGUUUAGAGAACUUGCAAACAUUUUUAUUUGUAUGUAUCGUUUUUUAUCCACAUGUAAUUGGCGUUUUGUGAGCCCUAAAAUACUUUUUUAUGAAAAUGGGUCUCAGAGUAAAAUAAUCUCAAAUCACCACCUUUGCAUUUUCGUGUCUUCAACUAACAUACAACUUUGGGAAAACAAUGUCAUAGGCCAUCAUUCUAGCCUAACCCAGCUAACUUUAAGGUUUUCUGUGGCAGUGUUACAGCGCCAUACACUGGACUGGCAUAUAUACUACAUUGUCUUUGCAUAACAUGAAAGCAACAAUUGCAGAAGUUACUAAAAAGCCUUAAAUUGAAUUUGGCUGCUGUUGAAGGAACUGCCAUUACAUGAACAAAGUGAGCAGUGGGUGGUGCUGCAGGCGUCAGGAAGCUCAUCUAAUGACUGUAAUUGGUUCAAGUCUCAUUUCAAAUAUUGAAUUAUCUUUUAUGUUAAAUAAAUACAUGUAAUGAACAUUUAUGAGCCUUGCUGUCAAACUUGACCCAUUAAGACAACGUUUUAAAAUGUCUGAUUCAGGAAAGAACACACUGACCUGUGGCGCAGGUUGGCAAGGAUGUAAAAUGUCAGUGUUUUCAUCCAGCCAUCCAACAAUUUGUUUGUUUUCAUACGUGCGUUUGUAACGAGUAUUAGAUCAUGUGGGAUUAAGUUUAUCUAACCCUAAAUCACACUGAAGCUGUAGAUAUUUAGUUUUUCUUUUUUCCUCAUUGCUUCUGAAAACACUGACUAUUCUUUAAGUGUGUUAUUUCACAGUUUUUCUUCUUGGCUUGGAUACAAACAGUCAUUAUGUGAGACACAUUAAACACCUGUUCUGUUAUUUAUGGCCUAAAAUGUGUGUAAUUGUGAAUUGUUGGGAUUUGUAAUACUUAAUUCAUUGUUAAUGUUUACACCUCUUUGUGUUUGAUUUUUACAUUUCAUGCCUUGCAGUUACAACAUACAUAGAAACACAUUACCCAGCAUCCUGUGCAGUUUCAAACAUUCCUGUAGUUUUAUGGAAAUUCACCUCAACCCUCUUCAUCAUGAGGAAUGUACAACUGAGGUCACAAGAUAACUGUCAUUCAUAUCCAACACCAGAAACAUGAAACUGAAAAUCUUGUAGUUUGACCAUGAAUUAAGAUGUAUUUUGUUGAAAUAUGAUCACACUAACAGUGCAUUCUUUGUUAUGUUAUUGUUGUAUGUUAUUAUACAAAUGUCAUUUUUGAAGAAUUGUGCACUUACAACCCUGAGGUCUUGUUUUCUAUUGUUUAUAAGAAAUGAAAGAUAACAUUUUUAUGUUACACUUGAAGAAACUUACACAUCAAAGCAAAACUCAUGAACAUGACUUCAUGCUUUUAGGUGCAGUGAAACUAAUCAAUCACUUUAGAAGAAUAAAUAAAAUAAAAACAUA